AUGAAGGGCUUCAGGCAGAGAGUUCACGAGCAGCUAUCCCGCGCGAAGGACUCGAAUAAGUCGUCGAAAAAGAAGGAUUCCUCUUCUUCCACUGGUACGUUGUCCCCUGGGGCCUCCGCGAAUCUUGGUCAACCAGGGCAAACGUUAUCACCGGCAGGCUCGAACCAUGGUACACCUACGUCGUCAACAACCGCCGUCAACGAAACAAAGUCGAAGCCCGCCAACGCUCCUGACAAUGGAGCCGCCACCGGACUCACCCUGCAUCACAACGCUCCCGUUCUGCCCAGCGGCGCACCCAAUCAACAGCACUACAUUCCACAGCCGCCGCAUAUAGGAGGACAGAUGACGAGCAAUGGUCCGGGUACACCAACUCGACAGGGCCUUCCGAUGGCUCCGAGCGUGGUUAUCAGCCCCAGCGCACCACACAUUCCUCCCCCCGGAGCUGCUGAAACAAUGCCUGGUGACCUACAACCACCAAAGACGGGUCAAAAACCACAUCUUAUCGACAGGCUACAGACCCCCAAGGACAUAACUGGCGGGUUCAGGCCCCCACGAAGACAGCAUUCGUCACGCUUUGAUAUCUCAGACCAACGCCAGAGGGAGCUCGAGAAGCUCCCUGGGUUCCACGAAGUGCCUCCCAACCGAAGACAAGACCUUUUCAUGCAGAAAAUUGAUCAAUGUAAUAUCAUAUUUGACUUCAACGAUGCGGCCGGCGAUAUGAAAUCCAAAGAAAUCAAACGGCUGGCCCUCCAUGAACUUCUCGACUACGUUGCCAACAAUCGAUCCGUCAUCACAGAGCCCAUGUACCCUAAGGUGGUGGAUAUGUUCAGCAAAAAUUUGUUCCGGCCUAUCCCUCCGCCCGUUAACCCGCAAGGAGAUGCGUUUGACCCGGAAGAAGACGAGCCAGUUCUAGAAGUAGCGUGGCCCCAUAUUCAGGUUGUCUACGAAUUCUUCCUUAGGUUCAUCGAGAGUCAAGAUUUCAGCACCAACAUCGCGAAAGCGUAUAUCGACCAUCAAUUUGUCCUUCAGUUGCUCGAACUAUUCGACUCAGAAGAUCCUCGAGAACGCGACUUUUUGAAAACAACGCUGCAUCGUAUAUAUGGAAAAUUCUUAAAUCUGCGCUCAUAUAUCAGACGGUCGAUUAACAACGUCUUCUUCCAAUUUAUCUACGAAACUGAACGAUUUAACGGUAUUGCCGAGCUCCUGGAGAUUUUAGGCUCGAUCAUCAACGGCUUCGCGCUGCCCCUGAAGGAAGAGCAUAAACUAUUCCUGACACGGGUUUUAUUACCCAUGCAUAAAGUUAAGAGUCUGAGCAUGUAUCAUCCGCAGCUGGCGUACUGUAUCGUGCAGUUUCUAGAGAAGGAUGCCGCCCUGACAGAAGAAGUUGUUCUUGGUCUACUCCGCUACUGGCCGAAAGUGAAUAGUACUAAAGAAGUCAUGUACCUAAACGAAGUCGAAGAUAUUUUCGAGGUUAUGGAACCUGCAGAGUUUGUAAAGGUGCAAGAGCCUCUGUUCCACCAGCUUGCGAAAUCUGUGGCCAGCCCUCAUUUCCAGGUUGCGGAACGUGCACUUUACUUUUGGAACAACGAAUACUUUUGUAACCUGGUUGGUGAUAAUGUGGAGACCAUUCUCCCGAUCAUGUUUGCACCUCUUUAUGAGAAUUCCCAAGGCCAUUGGAACAGGACUAUCCAUAGCAUGGUGUAUACCGCGAUGAAAAUGUUCAUGGAGAUCAACCCGCAGCUAUUUGACGACUGCUCUCACGACUAUCGGGAGUACCAAAACUCCACCGAGGCACGGGAAAAGAGCAGACAGGAGAAAUGGGACCGUCUGGCCGAGAUGGCAAAGACAAAGCGGGAGAGCGCUGAACUACCGGCACCCGAAGGCUCCAAGUCGUCUGAUGCUGCUGGGUCAGGCGACGGCCUGGACCCAAUAACCCAAGACAGUCAACAGCGACUAAACGCGCUCAAACUGCAAGACGACACCCCGGCCAGCAAGGAACGGCGGCUCAGAGAGGGUCAAAACUCGGUUAGUGCCUCACACGUUGAUUAA